AGCCAAUCAGGCUCAAGUCUGUCUUCGCGUUGCGGAAGUAUCGUGCCUACUCUCGCGUGAGCUGCCGUUACCAUAGUCACGCUAGUACACAGUUAAUCGAAGCGACAAGGGGGAAGAUAAAUCAACAACCAUGAAUUUAAACAACUUUGUGGUCCUUCCCAACAAGCCUAAAUCAGUAAAGAUAAAUGUCAGGAAUUUGCGAGAGCUGCGAAUUGAGACGGCACAGCUCAAACAGGACAACAAGGACAUGGAGAACCGUCUGCAGCAACUCCAAGAGGUCAUGAGCCGUGAGAAAGAGGAGAGAGAGAAGAAUGGUGCAUUUCGCAGGAAAUCUGCUCAGACCCAAGAUGUGACAAGUGAAAAAGAGAAAAAGCUCAAGAAAAGCUCCCCGAGCAAGAUAAAACUAAGAGUGCUGAAGGAUGAGCCAGUUCAAAGGGUUCCUGAGCCUCCACCUCCAAAGAAUGGAUGGAACAGAAAAUCCAGGCUCAAAGGAAAAGCCUGUGGCCAAUGUGAAGCUCAAACUGCUGGACUUAUGUGUGCAGAAUGCUCAGAGGAUUACUGUGUCAGCUGCUUUGCUAAAUUCCACCAGAAGGGGGCACUAAGGUUUCAUCAUAUCAUUCCCAUGCAGGCUGAGCUACAUACCUCCAUUAGCACAAUGGAUGUGGUGAAUUGUCUUCAGAAGAAGCUUGAAAGUGAAGAGGAGGAAGACCUUUGGUUGAAUCAUGGCAGAGAUAUGAGAAGAGUUCCAGCAUCUGCACUUCUUCAACCUAUUUGUGAUAACCAGAUGCACAAUACACAAGUGUUGAGUGUAAAUGAUCUGGAUCAGGAGAAUAAAGACUCUUUACUCAGAGGCAGUUUUGAUGAAGAGGAAUCUUCCAGAUGUUUUCAGCAAGCUCUGAAUGAGUGGAGAGCAGGCAACACUCAUGGUGACAGAGAACAUCAUGAACCCAACCACAGUGUACAAACUGCUCAACUAGAAUCCAUGGAGGCUAUGGGGACCCAGGCUGGAGGAAGACCUCAAAUACAUAUUGAGUUUAGGAACCAUGGACUAAGCUACAUGGAAAGGCUGCUAAUGAAGAAACACCGCAGAAUGCAGAUUGAAUCAUACCAGUUGCUUUCCACCCCAAGAUCUACACAGGACUUGAUUACAGACACCUGUGCACAACCUGUUGAAGAGAUUCGUGAACUAACUGCCGAGGAGAUGGAUAUGCAUCAUUACUGUGUCUCUCUUUUCGCGGUCUCCAGCUCAGCAAAAACAGAAGUAGUGAAUAACAUUUUUAAACCGAGAAUCACAGAGAUAAAUGAGACAGCAGGAGACUCUCUGGUGGAUGCUUCCUUUGGAUUCAAACAGAAAAAUAAAAAAGAGCAAAAACAAGUAGAUGCUUUAGCAAGACUUUCCCUAGCAGAAGAAGUUCUGCAUCCAACAAAUUCACUGGAGUUCUCAUUAAAUACUCAAGCACUGGUUAAUGAUGCACUACUGAGUGGGUCAUUAGAAUCAUCCUCACAGUCACCACCAACUGACCAACACUUGUCAUCACUCAUUUGCCAUAAUCUGCAAAAAUCUGUGGACAUCUCCACUUCAAAAGACUCUGCAAUGCUACACCUUGUAAAUGAUAAGGAACAUGCACUUCAAGAAGCACAAUCACCAAAACUAAAACCACAGAUGUUAAAAUAUCCAUCAAAACCCAAUUCAGCACUCAAAUGUACAACACAAGGUUGGGAAUACAGCUCUUCUACUUCUCCUCAAACCUAUAGUUCAUUAAUUUCCUCAGAUCAAUGUCAAUCUCCAACAUCCCUUGAUUCCUCUAAUCCACAACUGAGUCUCAUUCAGAAUCUCCCAUUGCCUCUUCACUUAGAAGAGGAGGUUGAGUGUCAAACAAAUUCAUCUGUUUUUUUACAAGCAUGUUUUAAACCUGCUAAUGAAACAAUGCUAAGUCAGUUCUCACAAUUACCACCAUCAGAAAAUGUUUCAUCCUAUGCUCCUCAUAAAUGUCAAAAAUCUAUUUCAGACAUUUUAAACAGCUCAGCACCUGCCUUAAUAAUGUCACAUCAACAAGGGAAACACAUACUUCAAAGAGCACUAUCACCAAGACACAGUGAUUUCCAAAAUCUACAGACUCACAAAGGGCCAUCUUCAGCAAUAUCCAAUUCAGCAGUUGACUGGAAUCCCUCCCUUUCUCGUUUUCUGCAACCCCAUAGACAGUUGCUUUCCUCAUCGGCAGCAUUUCCUACUUCCUUCAUGGAAAAACUGAGCCCAAUAUCUCCAGAAGGUGUAGAUUCCUCCCAUGGUCCAUCACCUUCAACAUCACCCUUCCACCAGCAGUUUCCAUUUUCACCAGCAGUUUCCAUUUCAGCCCAGGCAAAAUUGAGCCUAAUACCCUCAGAACUCCAUCAUACUAAAGCUAAAACUCUGACCCCAUUGUCUACUAAAUCUAUCGCUCAGACCCAAAGUGGUAACACACCUUUAUCUGCAAAGCAGCCAUUCACAGAUGAUGAGGAACCAUAUUUUCUUCCUUUAGUAUCAACAUCUUCAGCAAAGUCAGAAAUACUGCAAAUCUCACCUCCCCUUUCACUGUGCUUAUCAGAUUCAGAUAUGUCAAGUGAUAGUGUUGGCAUGAUACCUAAUGAUAAUGACUCUUCUGAUGAAGAAAUUAGAAGGUGUGCACUGCAGGAUAUGGAGGAAGAAGAGGAGAGAAACACAUCCUCUUUACCUCCAUCUUUGUUUCCCACUUCAGCCAUUCCUUUCCCCUCUCAGAGCCCCACGACUGAAGAUCAGUCAGGCUUCUUUACCAAACCGUGCCUGGCUGUAAGCUCAUUAGCGCAGAGACACAAUAUUGUUUCAACAAACUAUCAAGGCCUAGAUGGCUUUUUUACACUGGGGCUAGAUUCCGGGUCUGUUCCCGUCAGUCCGGCUGCAUCACAAGCUUCUACAGAGAUGCAUAGAAUCUCCACAAAUUCAGAAGUCUUUGUGUCAGGUGACAGUUUCUGGAGGCCAGAGACCAGCCUCCAACCUCACUCAGAGGCAACGCUUGUUGGUGUAUUAAUUAACAACCAGCCAAUCAACAUCACCUCACAAUCUGAUACACCAAUCAGUAAAGUGGAGCCAUCUCAGAGAAAAAGUCAAUCAGAUCCCUCUGUUCCAGUGACUCAGAGUGUUUCUCGCACUGCUCUGGAGAUCCUGGAUGUACAGAGUGUGGAGCAAGCUGAGAUCACACACAUCAAACAGGAUGAUGACGAUCUGCUCACCAUUGCCGGUUUGAAAGAAGAAAAAUUUAGUUAUAUUAGUUGAAACUGAAAACAUAUUAGUUGAAACUAAAAACAUUGGAGAAUGAACAAAAAAACAUACUGAUUUUUUUAACCAUAUUCUAAAUAUUUGCAGCAGUAAAAUUUGCAUAACAAUGCUUUUUCUAACAUAAUCAGUUUUGUGAUCAUACAAAAGGAAUAUAUUUUCCAUGUGCAGAUAUUAAUUCUCAUUAUCCCAAUACUAAUUGACACUUCACUAAGCCCUGCUCACUCAAUUGUAAAAUGCAUGCUCAACCCUAAUGCAACUAUUGUUUGCACAGAGUA